AAAAAAAAAAGGGUAAAGUUGUGUUUUGUGUCAUUUCGAUAUUAAAAUACAGCCGCUAUGUUUCUGUAUCUUUGCGGCGCCGUUUUAGAAUUUAAAAUUGGACUUUUUAGCGGGCUGUGCUUCCUUCAUGGGCACCAGAAAUGGUCUGACAAAAACGUACAACUCGGGAACAAAGUAGUGUAUUGUUUGCCAAGCUGGUGGAGUUGACGGGACAUUUAACAACCAACGUUUUGUAAAGGAGACAUGGAAAACCCAGCUUGUAUUUUGGAGGAACUGAAGCAGUUUGUUGUGCAUGAUGCCCUACCAACAGUGUAUUACAUCCCAGAUUUUAUAUCAGAGGAUGAGGAGUCUUACCUUCUGCAGGAGGUCUAUAAGUCUCCCAAAACUAAAUGGACUCAGCUGUCAGGCCGACGGCUUCAGAACUGGGGAGGGUUACCACAUCCCAAAGGCAUGCUGGCAGAAAAAAUUCCUGACUGGCUCCAGGCAUACUGUGAGAAAAUUUCUUCUCUAGGUGCAUUCAGUGGGAAGAUGGCCAAUCAUGUGCUGGUGAAUGAGUAUAAACAAGGAGAAGGGAUUAUGCCUCAUGAAGACGGCCCUCUAUACCACCCUACUGUCACCACCAUCAGCCUGGGCUCUCACACCCUUCUUGACUUUUACACACCCAUCAGCAGCCUGGAGGACGCUGUCCCACAGACGGAGGAGAACCGCUACCUGUUCUCCCUGCUGGUGAGGCCGCGCAGUCUUCUGAUCCUGCAGGAUGACAUGUACCAGCGCCUUCUUCAUGGCAUCCAGGCAUGUGCCCAGGACACGCUGACAGACAAGGUGGUGAACCUGUCUGCUGCCGGGGCUGUGUCAGGAGAGAAACUGACACGCGACACCAGAGUGUCACUGACUAUACGACAUGUGCCCAAAGUCCUGAAAACAAAGCUUAUACUGGGAAGAAAAUGAAAAAGAUUGCAUGUUGACCUGAUAUUUUGUUGUGGUACUGUUUAUUGUUUUUUCCUUUUACACCAUGAAGCAUAAUAUCAGUGGGUGUCUCCUCCUCUGUACCUCUUCUUGUUGUAUUUGUAACCCACCAAAUGUUUAGUAUUUUCAGCUGAUAAAUGAUUGAAAAUCGUCAGAACUGGAAUUAGGUUUUGUUGGCUGAUUAUAAAGAGCACUACAUACAUAAAAUUGACGUGAUGCUAUGAUUGGUUGUGCCUGGUGUAUGCGUUGUUUACAUUAUGGCUUUACUUCCCAAAAGAGCACAAGUGAUCUAUCAGAAUGGCCAAGAAGAUUAUUAGUUGUUAGCUUUGCACAAAUAUAUCAGUAUGGGCAUAUGUUAUAAAAAGGCCUAAUGUGUAUAAUUCAAGAAAAGUGCUGUAGCUAGUUUUUACACUGUAAAAGGUAUUGGUCAGCUCAUAGCAUCAUCACAUCCCUUAAUGACAAUGUAAAGGGGUACUCCACCUAUUUAAUACAUGAAAUUCAGUUUAGUAGCACCAAGGAGUACCACUUAAGCAAUGAAAACAGUUGAGAAAUAAAGUUGUAUUAUGGGAAAUGUAAGGCCUGGUGUUUUUGGAACUUGGCCAGUACUAAGAACUAAAAUUGGAUAUUUGAGUCUCUGCUCUGUUAGUGUUGACCACUCUUCAGAUUUGUUGCUUAUGAAACUGAUUAAACUUUACCCUUUAAAGUUGUUUGUUAAAUUAAAUAUUGGGAAAUAUAUCACUAUCAGAGGUUUUUAAACAUGUCAAUACCAUUAUCUUUGGUA